AUGCGUGCUUCGUCACGCUCGACUCUACGACAUUGGGACGCAGAAGACGACGCCAAUCACCCCGACAAUAAUAUAUUCCUUUCGACAAGUGAUCUAUUUACGACACAGCAGCAUUUACCACGCUACCCCAUACAAAGCCGUCGUCCCAUGAGCCGUUGGCCUCCACCCAUGGAGACACAAGCAUCAAUAGGGUUUACUGAUUGGCCCUUUGAUGAAUCGUCGGAUUCUCGAGUUCCUCCUUCUACCUCGUUCAUGGACAUUAGGGAGGUCCGCUCUAGGACGGUAAAAAGAGCAGCUGCACAUGGAUUCAGAGCACCCUCGUCGGUCUCUGGAUAUUUUGAAGGCAGCCAAUUUGACUCGGAUCACUCAGACGGCUUACAAAGCUCGGAAGACUACAAGACUGUCAGGGCUUUCCGGAUGGACUAUGAGAUGGAGCCACGACACAGUCAGGUCCAGUUACAACGCUCAUACCAACAGAUACAGUACCAGCAAUCCAUGCAACAAGAAUUUGGAGGUGACUCAUUGACAUCGCAGCUUCAUAGACGAACACCCAAUCACCCGGCAGAGCAUGGGUUUUACGCUCGAGAAACAAGAGCGAGAGAGCCUUUAAGUAACAUGCCGUUUGAACCACCUCGACGCAUAUCUAGAAACAUGCUGGACCCUGGAUCUUCGUCCUUUGGUUCACGUUCUAACGACUUGGUACGAGAUGUCCGCGCGAGAGAGAUGCAAAACCGACGUUACAAUGCAUUCGAUCCUUCGUUCACACGCAGUUCUAGAUUUGGACCACCGAUAGACGGAAUGCCACUGGAGCCAGCCACGCUAGACAUGUAUCCGGAUGAAGACGAGUCCUAUACUGCUACAGCGUCCAUGUUUCGACAACGUGAGUAUGCACAGGCGUCGGUUCCCUCUCGGCAGCGAGUGCACCACCAAAUGCUGAGAAGGCCCCAAUAUGGCGAACGCCUGACCGAUGACGAAAUGGUAAUGACAGGUAGACGGUCAUUCCAGGAUUCAGACUUGCCUCGGGACCGACGUGAGACCGCAGAUCAAGCACUGUAUGAAGAUCUGGUUCCUACGCCUACGUGUGCCGCUUUAUCCCGUAGUAAUGACUAUGAAAAUGUGUUACCGACUGGUGCCGGCGAUGGCAUUGUCGAUCUGCCUUCUAGCCGACAACGGUCAAGUCAAUCGAUUAUGCGUCUGCAGAAGACGAAGAGACAGCGACCAUAUAACCCGCCGAUCCAUAAUCCUGCAGAAGAGCCGGCACAGCAAGCGUCAGAGGCGAAGAGGGCUAUCGCCAAGAUACCUGCUGCUGCUUCUACUGCCUCGUCUCAAAGUGAAAAGGAGGGGGAGGACCAAUGCAAGCGCCGAUGUGGACGUAAGAGUAUGAAUUACUCAUCUGAGCAGAAGCGCGAGCGUAACCGUGCAGCUGUAAAAAAGUGCCGACAGCGUCAGGCUCUGAAACUGGAGUAUUUGCAGCACAAGGCGGAGUCGCUGGCAGCGGAGAACCAGGCUCUCUCGGAAAUGCUGGUCAAAAACACGGAGUUGAAUGAGGGACAGCGCGUUUCGUUGAAGCGCGGCAUUCAAAUGGAUAUUUUGUUAAAGAUCAAGGAAAUUUUUACGCAAAGUCUGCCUAAGGACUUUGUACUUGAUGCGGACUCAAUUUGGGACUUGAAUUCAGUGCUGGCCGUAUCGAUGCCGUCGCGCUGCUACUAUGGCAUUGAGAGCAUCAAGGACUUUUGGCGUACCUCUUUGCGCAUGCGCAACAAAGGCAAGAUCCGUUCGUUCUGGGCGUGGCUGUUCCGCCUUCCACCAGGUGACCGCUUUUCGGAGUUUGAGAUCCACUCUUUCUCACCAAUAUCCAACCUAUACUUUAUCUCAUGGACCACUAAGUCGACUCCGCCCCUCACUGGUACCAUGGCAAUCAUGUUUGGCAAUGGCCACCGAGUGACACUUCACGUCGAAUGCUUUGGCUGGCUUAUUUGGCGCUACCUGCUUACGAAUAAGCCGUUUCCGGAACCAUCGAUUGAGUGA